AUGUCGGAGCAGAACUUGCGGAUUGCCAUCUUAUUUCUUGUCGUUCUGUCUGCCACAUGCUACUACUUCUACUACACUGAAACAAUAGUGAGCACAGAGCUGACCAAGACCCUAUCAAGAACUUUGGACGGGCACUUCCAGGCUAACGUUACAAAUGAAAAAUUAAACAUAGUCAUACAGGAACUAAAUGGAAAGAUAAAAUCCUUGGAAGAGCAGAAGAAAGUUGCAGACGCUGGUGUGGCACUCGAAAAGGUUGAUGGUGAUGGACUACCCUCGCCCCCAAAUGAUGUUAAGACCUCAAAGAAGUUGUGA